AUGGGCUGUUGUCGUGCUGAUGACGACGAAAACGGGGAUUUUACCCACUCUGCAAAACAUCAAGGAGAGGAGACACCAAUUGCUUCUUCUUCUAAACCUGUUGACUUGCAUGUCAUAGAGAGACAACCCGAAAAUGGUUACCAGGAGAGGGCGCCAAGUUUUGAACAGAUCAACCAACUUCUUGCUUCCCCUACCAAAAUUGGUGCCCACCUUCACAGAGAUAUCCCACCACCACCACCAAAACCCGUCGUGACUGUUUACCCCAAACCUCAGCAUGUUCCACCUGGAUUUGCUGAUGACUCUGUGAUAAGGGAACUGAAAGAAAGAUUUAAAAGCCGGUCUGUUUCCAAACAUAUAUCCAUUGAUGAUACCGCCUCUAACUCUGACGAUGAUGAUCGACAACCGAUUCUUUUUAAGAGGGGGGGUCGCCCGUCCCCUAAAAUUUAUGUUCCCUCCUACACGACUGAAGUGAGGCCUUUGGAAAAUUUGGAAUCUCGCUAUCGAGCUGAAAAUGUAACAGUUGAGAGUGUGUCAACCCCUCUAGCUGGGGAAGUAACUCACCCCAUUGUAGAAGUGAAGCUGUCACCUGUUAUUGAAAUCACAUCAAACGUGUCAGAAUUGGUGGAGACUCAACCAGAAUUGGCACAGAAAUGUAUCUGCAUCGAACAGUCGGAACCAAAGCAUCUCAUCACAGCAAACAUUGAACCUGCAGAACAAGUCCACGAAUCGAUCCUUGUGGAUUCAACAUCGGAUAGACGUGAGGAAUCCAUUUUGGAAAAUCUUCGAAACCAGGCCAUAAGUCUCCAAGAAAAUGAGGAAGUUCACUCAGUGCCACUUGAUUACAUUAACCAGGGCUUUAAUCAUAGCUCAGGUUCAUUACACAAAGAAGAAAAGACAGUUGUUGAAAAAGACUCGAAUGGUGGCUAUAAAGUUUUUAAGCAGUGUUUCAUUUCCACUUUGGUUCAUGACAAUGAGGGAUUCACAGACAGCUCGCAGAACAUCUCUGAUAGUUGGAAUUUUUCUGAAAGUGAUAUUCCAGAUUAUGACCGUCCCCUACCGUCCCCACCUAAUUCCCAACGACCAAAAUUCCAGAUCAGUGCAAACAGUUCUUACACGACGUUAGAUGAGGACCAACUUGUACAAGUACGUAUUUCCGAUAAUGCAGCGAACAAAAGGUACAGCAAUGAGUCUUCUGAUUCUUUCUCUGAGAUGUCUCAAGAGCAGUCUGAGACGCUUCUACCAAAAGACUACCUCCAUGAAGACGAUGAAGAUGAUGAGGAUGAUGACGAGGAUGAUGACGAGGAAGAGGAGGACAACGACGGCGAUGAUGACGACGAUGAUGACGACAAUGAUGAUGCAGAUGAUGAUGCAGAUGAUGAAAAUCCAUUUCCAGAUGUUCUGUUUCCUUCUAUCGACAGUAACAUAUUUCUAAAUAACAAAAGGAGUUUAGAUUCCGAAAGUGAACACCUGGUUGUUGUCUCCCCAUCUGAGUCUUCUACUUCUCAUAGUCUUCCCCUAGAGGCUGACACAUUAGUUUCUAAAUGCCCUGCAGCUGAAAAUGGCAGUUUAUUGGUGCCUCAACGGUUUACCAAUGAGGAAACUACUUUGACGCCUCACUCUUCCCUUGACGAGCCAGUGAACAAUAUGUCAGGGCACGAGUGUCCCCUCGAAAUAUCGGAUUUUGUCGAUCAGACUAUAACCAGUUGUAUAAAUGCAGUACAGAACUCCAUUACGGAAGGAAGUCUAUUUUCAGACCGGCCUCUGUCUCCAGAUUCAAGUGAACUUAGCACUAAACACAUUUUAACAAAAAUGGUGUCCUUUGAGGAAGAAGAUACCCCCUCGAAAAGUUUUGAUUCUGUUGAUACUGACCCCAUUUCUGGCCCUCCCUCCGAUUUACCUCAAGAAGGGGAACGGAUGUUAACAAAGAGAGUUUCAUUUGACAAUAAUGUCAAGUCAAUCUCUCCACCUGGUUUUUCCUCGUCUUCAAGCCCUGACAAGGAUGGUGAAGAGGAAAGCACCAGGAAACCGAUUUCUGGUGAAAUUCUAUUGGAAAAAUACCACCACCCUAAUACGGUUGAUGAUGAUGAUGAUGAUGAUGAUGAUGAUGAUCCGUCCCCUCCUGCAGAGUUUCCUUCUCCACCAGAUGAGUUACUUGAUUUUCGGGAGCUUCUAGAUACAGAAGGAUUCUGCAAGGAAGAAAUCGUGGGAGCCAGUGAAACAACCCUUGAUCAUUCUUAUGGCCCCUCAAAACAAAAUUUUCAUCAGAUGAAAAGCACCAAACAAACUCGUUCAUUAGAUUUUGAUGAGAGCACUCACUUGUUAGAAAGUACUUAUCGAUCUAAGUCACUUGACGAAUCCACACAUCACUCGUUUUGUGAUGAUCAUUUGUCUGCCAAUGAGAACGUCCAUCUCAUUGACACUGAAGAUCAGCUACCCAAAACUGAGCGAACCGAAGCCAGCGAUUACCUCCAGAAUCUGAAUGAUGGCGAAUUUCUUGACCAGUCGAAUACAAGCGAUUACUACUCAUCAGGAGAUCGUGAACAACAUUCACUCGAAUAUGCUCAGCAUUUAGAUUUUCCAUUCAUUACAGAUAAGAAAAAACAAAACUCUUUUUUAGAUGAAGAAGAAAAACUCAUCCAUGAAGAAUUAAUUGACUUUGAAACCGAGAUCGACACAAGUGCAUCUUCACAUGAGCCUCAACCCGAGUCUCACGCGUCACAUAUGGCACCCAGAUUGAACAGGGCCGGUUCUUUUGAAUUUGAGGAUAUUGUUAAAGACUUGUCAUCUUUUAAAAGUGACUUUUCUUUGGAUACUUCUUCAGACACUGAAGUUUCUUCAAACUUAUUUUCUUAUUCAGAUAUCAUAAUUGACCCGCUGAGCCAUAAUGAGCCUCCCGUAACCAUUUCAGAUGAACUGCAUGGAAAUUUCAAAACAAGUGACCAAGUAAAUUUAGGUUCACCUACUGCACACCCAGAACCACGACCCCACCGGAAAAUACCACAUGAACUGGAAUGCAUUGCUGCAACAGAUCCAAAUGAAAACAAAGUGAUCCUUGAGCCAUAUAUUGGUUAUCCAAAUUCCAAAGCAACUGACCUGAUGAAGUCUGAUACUAAAUCUGAAACUUCUCAGUUCAAGACCAAUAAUAAGAAUGCAGAUAUUCAUCAACAGACUCAAAAGUGUAUAGAUUUAGACAAGGACGAUACAAGUGAAGGAGAAUUCUCUGAUCAAGAAUCCUUUGAUGUUCCUCUGUCUUCAUAUCCUCCUUUUGAAUCUAAGGUAGCAGAAAAAGUUGUUAAAUCUGAACUAUUGGAAUCGGCAAUGCACGAAACCGGAGAACUAAUUUCUUUUGUCGAUUUGGAAUCUGUUGCUUCUAGUCAAAAAGAACCAGAAACUGAAGAAGUUUCUUUGCAACCUGACAAAAUAGGAAGGUUCCAAGUGACGAGCGACCUUGAAACUGGAGAAUCCAGCUUAUUACCAAAUGCUGGACUGCGGCGCCAAUCAACAUUAAAGACCAGUGAAAUGUUCACAGAAGGUUUAAUGGAUGAACUAAAGAAUUCAUUAAGUUCUGACUCCAAAAAGGCAGAGGUUCCACGCAUUACAAUGACCUCACCGAAUGGCUCCACAACGUCUUCCUCCAGGUCUUCAUCCCCAAGGAGCUCCAUAUCAGACAUUUCUGAAAGUGAAAGUAAAGAGACUAGUCCUCCACAGCAAACAUUCUCUCUACGCUUCCGGCAGCCAGCUGCUGACUAUGUGAGUUUUCGCAACAGACUAGAAAACACAUAUGUUUCACUGGAAAAUGUCUUGCUUCGUGGAAAUAUAAUUUUAGGCACUGUUAAAGUUAAAUCGUUUGGUGGCAAAAGGUCUGUUUUUCUGCGAUGUACGUUCAAUGCCUGGGAGACAUCAGUUGAUGUUCCAGCUACACAUACUCCAAGCAGUUUUCCAAACCAGUAUGAGACUUAUAGUUUUGCCCUGACCAUGCCUGUCGCUUUUCAGGAUACAAUGCGCGUUAUCUUUGCUGUGUGCUAUAAAACUGAUGAUUUUGUGUACUGGGACAAUAACGAUGGCCUCAACUAUGAAAUCGUAUCCACCCAUAGUGUGCAGAAGGAGAUGAUUUCAAGUUUUCGAUCAAGCAACCAGGAGACGGUGCCACGGCCAUACCCUGGAGUUUUGAAGAAAGGUUCAAGCACCUUCGUGACCGAGUCCACGUGGAAUCCGGCCUCGGCUAUCAAGGAGACCAAAAAUAUCCGUAAGUCAGCUAUUUGCUUAAAUGUUUCCAAACCGUCAGCGGAUUAUAUUACAUUUAAAAGUCGGCUGGAGCGUGACUUUGUCGCCCUGGAGCAUGUGUUCAACAAAGACUUUAUGUUAACAGGUAGUAUUAAAGUGAAAAACAUUGAAGGAGAGAAAAAAGUCUUUAUUCGGUGUAGUUUUGAUUGCUGGGUAACCUUUAUCGAUGUGCCUGCCAGCCUCUCUGAUGAGGAAUAUUCUUGUCCAUAUAAAACGUAUACUUUUGAAAUGAAUGUUCCUACAGUGUUCAAUACAAAAAUGCAGUUUGCAGUUUGUUUUGAAGCCAAUGGUAACGUCUACUGGGACAACAAUGCCGGUAAGAACUAUCAGAUCUGUUUUUUUGAUAUGUACACAAAAAUGAAGGUCGACUCAUGGAAGGGACAAUGA